GUUCAUGCUUCAUUCUCCCUCUUGAGGCUAUAACAAUAAACCCUAAUUUAACCCCUUAAACCCUAAUUCCCAAUCUUCACUUCUGCUUCAAAACAUCUGUAACCGUUAAUCAUGAUGAAUCGCAAGAAGUUCAAGAACAAGCAAACACAAAACAGCCACAAAAGCAAGCGGUUGAAAUCCGAAAAACCAGAUCCGUUCUUCACCGGCGAUUCAAACCGCCGGAAAAAGUUCGAAGACGAUGACGUCAGCAUCAACAGCAGCGAUUCGGAGGAGUAUGACGACGGACAUGUGGCGGCGGCGGAGAACGGAGGUGAAUCGGAGGAGGAGACGGCGGGGGAGACGCGGAAGCGAGUGGCGGAGGCGUAUUUGGAGAAGAUGAGAGCGGUUUCGAGGAGAGAGGAGGAGGACGGUGAGGAAGUUGAUGAACGAGGAGGUAGAGAGGACGGAGAUAGGGAUUCUAUGGUUGCUAAGUUGUUGCAGGCGAAACAGCUUGAAGAUAGUGGACGUAUUCGUAAAUUGAUUGCUUCUAGGGUUCAAAAACCAAAAACAACAGAAGGAUUUCGAUUUCAAGUGAAACACCGGCAAUCUGUGACUGCUGUGGCUUUAUCAGAAGACGAUUCUAAGGGAUUCUCAGCGUCGAAAGAUGGUUAUAUCGUUCAGUGGGAUGUUGAUACUGGGAAAACAGAAACAUAUGUUUGGCCUAGUGAAGAAGUGUUAAAGUCUCACGGUGCAAAAGAUCCACAGGGUCGAGUUAAAAAGCGUAGUAAACAUGUUUUAGCUCUUGCUGUAAGCUCUGAUGGAAGGUAUUUAGCAAGUGGUGGUUUUGAUCGGCAUAUUCAUUUAUGGGAUACACGCACACGGGAGCAUAUUCAGGCUUUUCCAGGUCAUAAAGGGCCCGUUUCAUGCUUGACUUUCAGGCAAGGGACUUCGGAAUUAUUCUCUGGUUCAUACGAUCGAACAAUCAAAAUAUGGAAUGCAGAAGACAGAUCGUACAUAACCACAUUAUUUGGUCAUCAAAGUGAUGUUCUAACUAUCGAUUGUUUGAGAAAAGAACGUGUGCUAACCGUUGGUCGUGAUCGGACCAUGCAUCUAUGGAAGGUUCCUGAGGAGUCACAGCUAGUCUUUCGGGCUCCUGCAUCAUCAUUAGAGUGCUGCUGUUUUAUUAACAAUGAUGAAUUUUUAUCAGGCUCAGAUGACGGUAGUAUUGAGCAUUGGAGUGUAUUGAAAAAGAAACCCGUUCAUAUUGUGAAAAACGCGCACCCUUCAUCAACUCCAAACGCACUGGAUGUUAAACAAAAUGGUGAUUUAUCAAAUGGUAGUAAAGAUGAUUUAGAUCAUGUUCAUGAAAAGCUGGGUCAGUCUGCUUGUUCGUGGGUUAGUUCUGUUGCUGUAUGUAGAGGCAGUGAUCUUGCAGCAUCAGGAGCUGGUAACGGUGUCGUUCGUCUGUGGGAAAUAGAAAAUGAUGGUAAAGGCGUUCAUCCACUUUUUGAGCUGCCAUUGGUUGGAUACGUAAAUUCUUUGGCAUUUGCCAAAUCCGGGAAGUUUUUGGUUGCUGGAGUCGGCAAGGAACCCCGUUUAGGACGAUGGGGGGCUAUUCCGACUGCUCGACAUGGUGUUGCAGUGCACUCUUUGCAGCUCUCGUGAUCCAAUAACCCUACCGGGCUAACCCGGUUAACUCACACAAGACCUGAGAUCAAGUUACGAAGAGUGCUCUAGCAGACAUAAAAAUUAAACAUCUGUUAAAAAAUACCUGGUCUAUGUCUUAAGUUGGGACCUUAUUGGGAUUUUGCUACAUUUUUUUUUUGUUGUGUUGUAUUAGUUAUAAAUCAAUUUUGGUUACAGUUUUGUUCAAUAUUAGUCUGGAUUCUGGAAUUCAAGACCUUCAAAUUCGAUUGUUGGUAACCGCGGUUCAAAAAAGAAAAUGGAGAAAAAAAUAUUCUUUCA